AUGUCCUUCGUGCAAUUGUCAUCCACCGGUCGUGUGGCCUGCGGGGGGUCAUUUAUGGACAUUUACGGAAGGCGCCCGCCUGCGACGAUUCAGGCGGUUUAUCCAACCGGUCUUGUGUCACCCCCGUCGUUGAUGUCAUGGAGCGCUUUUCCAACACCCAAGAAAGUGCGCGCACGGCACGCCUCACACGGCGACACGAAUGAAAUUGCUGCCGGAGAGCAUGUGGCACUUGCCUUCUCUCACGUAGCUGAUGCCUCGUCGCAGGAGUUAUUUUUUGCCGUGGGUGUCUUCCGCUGCGACACCUGGGCAUUGCAGUGGGCCGUCCGCUCGGACUCACUGGGAGACGGACGGCGUGUGUGUGAUGUGUGUUGUCUGAGUGCACACACUGUUGUCUUUCUUGAGAGCAACGCAGGCGGAAAGAGAGGAAGCAGGAAACAACUCCACGUUGCUUCCAGGGCGGAGGUUCCCCGUGUGGCAAGGCGAGAGAACCGUCAGUGGCGGUCCUUCUUGACAAAAGCCCAUCGUGUCGAGACAAAAUUUGAGAGCGAGGACGUUCACAGCAUUCAGGCUCUUUCGGCGACCUCGUGCCUGCUUUUGACGGGCGCCGGUCGGCUUAUUCGUGUCACGGUGUCGUUUGCUCCGCAUUUGGAAGCAACAUCGGAGGAGGUGGAGGUUGAAGGAGGCCGGAUCGCGCCACGGGCUAACAGCACCUGCACUUUGGUGCUCUCGAGCGCGACAGGGAAGGAAAUGGAGAGCUCAUGUUGCUACGCGGCUGUGUUUGCCGCGGGCAGCCCCACAUGUCGGGUAAUGAAACUUGUGAGUUCGGAUACAGCAAUGAAAGCGAGCAACCCUCAGUCAAUCUCACUGCCUACAGGGGCAACAGUGGAACGGGUCGAAUUUGCUGGGCCACAUAUCCUCGUUCUGAUACUUGCCCUUGAUAAUAAAACUGCCUUUGCUCUUCACAUGACUUGUCUUGUGCCCUCAGAGUCAUCAUCCUCAUCAUCAUCCGAGAGUCUCUUCAACUGUGUUUCCUUUGCGCCAUUGCGGAUGACGGCGCAACGAGUGCCGCUGGCAACAAUGUACUGCUCAGAAAAAGAGACGCACGUUGUGCUGGUGAGUCGCCGCCGCCGUGAUGAUUAUUUUGAUGGGCAACAUGAACACAACGUGAAAAACAAUGGCAUCAUCAAGAACAACGAGUCAUUGUGGUGGCGUUUUUUCGAGUACGCUGAGCUACCGUUGCAGAAUGGGCCUUACACAGAGGAAGAAUUCCGAAGCGCGACAUGGUGUUCCCUCCCGGAGCCGUGCCACACUGUCCUUCCCAGCGUCGUGUCAAGGAUUGCCAAUGGGGAUGAUAAUGAUGACGAUAACAAGGAGAAUACCGCUGCUCACUUCCAGCAGGACCUGGCAUUGCUGACUCAUUCUCAGUCUGAAGGAAAUUGGGAACCCAUCCGUCUGCACUACGCGUUAGCGGCGACCUUUUCGCAGGAAACGGCGUCAGGGGGAAAAAAUAACAAAGUUGCCGUCAACGUGUUUGCGAUUGAGACCGCACCGUUUGUGCAUACGCGGCUGGUGAAACAAUGGCAUAAUGCCACGCGCGGCCUUAAGUUUUUGCUUGACGGGGCAAAUAACACCGUGGGGGGAAGCGAACCGUUCGCCGUCUCUUGGAACCCGCGGCACAUACGACGAGCGCUUCAGCUGUUCAGCCAAGAAGGCCUUCGUGUGCUUUUUGGUCGUCUCGCCAACGCACUCCGCGUUUCCACCGAAACAAGCAAUGCGGCAAGUCUCUUCUACGGAGCGGCGGCCACCGCCGUGACGGAUGUGGCACUGCAGGCCGUCACACUCUCUCGCCAGGUGGGCGCAAUUCUAUCACCGGAAGACGUGACGGUCGUCGCCUUGUUACUGCGGGCCUCACGUGAAACUGGCCACUUGAUUGUGAACAGCACCACACGUGGCCGGCUGUUGCUUGAGAGCGCCGUAAGGAGCCGGCUGGCGAACCAUGUGCUCGGUGGUGGGGAAAAGUGCCAGAAGAGAAGUCACGGCGGCAAGAAUACCAAUGCGAACGAAGAAGGUGAGGAGGAUGAAGUGGGGGCAGAAUUUGUUCACGUGCCAACGGAGUUGCGGGUGGAGCGUGCGUUACGCACCAAAUAUGCCCCGAACGCAUGGACGCAGCAUUUACUACGGAAAAAUAACGAGUACAGUGCAGUGGUGACAGGUGCCCUUCAACACCUCAACGCCGUUGCCUCCCUGCAGCAGCAGCAGCAGCAGCAGCAACAACAAAAACAAGAAGAACAGCAAGAAGAAGAACACGCGGGGCGGAGCGGUGAUGGGACAUUACGACCCCACCAGGAUGAAGAGAUGACGGCGACGCCCGCAUUGUUGCCGGACUGGAUGACGCUGGGACGGCGGGCGCAUGCCAACGCUGCCUUCGCGGAGUACGAGUCUGCCCUGUUGCAUCCCACCGCCAAAGCCCGGUAA